CACGUGAUGACGUCAUGGCGGCUCGGCCCUCCUGCUGGGGUCUGUCCCCUGGAGCUGCUGCGGGCCCAUCGACACCUGAACGCGGCCCGGAGGACGUGCACGCGGACAGCCCGAAACCCGCACGGAGUUAGCGGGAGCGCGCCUCAAAGUCCAUCAGUCCGUAUGGAGAUUAGCCUUCUUGUCUAACCGGAAGUCACUGUUUCUGUGACUUCCGGUGUCUGUCAUCUUGAACGAGGCUCUGGUGCCUCUGUAACCAUGGUAACGCUAGCUUUGAGGAAAAUGGCCCCAGCGUGUUAAACAUUCAGGAACAAAAGUAACGUUAACUGUUGGACCGGGUUAAUGUCGGUAGUUGAACCGGGCUAACUUCAGCUAGCGGGCCGGGCUAACGUUUAUUAGCGGGCCGGGCUAACGUUAGCUACCGGCCCGGAUAGUGUUCUCUAGCGGACCGGGUUAACGUCAUCUGUCGGGAAGUGCCUCCCGGUAACGAUAGUGUCAAAGUGGUCUGGAUGCGGUGGCCGCUACUUCCGGUAGUCCCUGUCCAUUCUAGACCCGGUCAUGUUUACCGAUGAAGUCCUGGACCCGGUGGGGCCCGGGUCUCUGUGGAGGGCCGCGCGGCAGGCGGCGCGGGAGUCGAGAGGCUGCCAGACCAGAGCUGUGCACCGCGCCGAGGCCGAGAUCCAGACUCUAUCGGCCACCAUCGGCUGGACCCAAACGGAACCAGAACCACAAGAGCAGCUCCUCCAGCAGAGCCACGAGGAGCCGGACCCGCCCGGCCUGAAGGACUUCCUGCAGCGCGUUGAGGGCGCGGUCAUCAGGGAGCUGGUCUCCAACGCCAGGAGCCACGCCUUCGACGGGUUCCAGGUGGACUGGGAGGACCAGAGUCAGCCAGUGUCCUGCCUCCACCGCCUCCAGCACCCCUCAGCACAGGAGAGCGGCCUCCACGUGACCAGCCUGUCCUGGACCUGCACCGGCUCAGUGGUGGCCUGUGCCUACGGCCGGACUGACGGUGGCGACUGGACCACUCAGAGCUCCUGGGUCUGUCUGUGGAACCUGGACCGCCGCAGUCUGAACCCCCAACAGGCGGACCGGGUCCUGGAGGUCCCCACUGCAGUCACCGCUCUGUGCUGCCAUCCCAAACCUGAUCCGCUAGACCUGGUGGCCUGGGUGCAGCAGCAGGGUGCCCUCAGGGUGCUCAGUGCGUGUUCUGGUGGGCGUGUUCUGCUGUGGACGUUGGACUCUGAGCGUCUCGUCCUGCAGGCGGCGCUCGCCUUGGUGCUGCAGCAGCUUCCCCACAGCAGCAGCUUCACGGCCCGGGGCAGCGGCAGUGUGGGGCUCUCCUCUCUGGCCCUGUCCCCCUGGGACCCCGACACCUUCCUGGUGGGCUCUGAGGGGGGUCUCCUCCUGCGCUGCUCCUUCUCCUCCCAGACGCCCUCUGAAGACCACGUGGCCCUCAGGGCGCCGGUGGUCUUCCUGUUCCGGCCCCGGAGCGGCCCGGUCCACUCCAUCCACUGCUCCCCGUUCCACAGGAACCUGUUUGUGAGCACGGGGGCCGACGGUCUGCUCCACCUUCACUCGCUGCUGCAGGCCGAGCCGCUGACCUCCAUCCGGCUCUCGGACCGCUACGGCUUCCAGGUGCAGUGGUCGCCCAGCAGGCCGCUGGUCCUCGCUGCUGCCACCGGACAAGGUGAGGUCCAGGUGUUCGACCUGGGCCGCGGGUCCCAGAGACCAGUAGCCACCCUGGAGAUGGGAGGAGCCAACAUGGAGAUGGGCGGAGCCAACCAAGCUGCUACCUGCUUGGCCUUCAACCCUCAGAACCACCGGCUGCUGGCCGCGGGGAGAACCGACGGAACCGUCUGCGUCUGGCAGCUGAGCCACGAGCUGACGGAGCAGAACCCGAGAGAGAGCGGCCGGCUGGAGCAGAUAGCCAAUCAGGCGUCAGAGUGACUGUCCGGCGGGAGCAGAGAGCCAAUCGGUGCUCCCGUAGUGAAUAAUAAAGCGAGCCGUGUGUCCAGUUGUAA